AUGAGCCAAGGAGGACCUCAAGAUCCAGUUUUCAAAGUUCCAUAUCACAAAGGCUCUACUCAACAUGCUGACAAGAAACCGAAACACAGCAACAACAACUACAACAACAAUGAUCCCUAUUCACAAGUCGGCGAAUUCCUAAAGAGUUUAGAGUUCAAGAGGGACAUUGAGCAGUUGAACACACAGCUCAAGGAGAAGCUGGAGAGGCUCAAGAAGGUGUCAUUCGAGUUGAUGGCCAUUGAGACCAGGCUCAGGAACUACUGCAACACCAGUACUCUCGAGGAAGCCAAGGCCUUGUCCAAACGAUCAAUUGAAAUCACUACUCAAUUGAAUCAACAAGACAAGUGA